AUGAAGCGCCGCCGCCUCCCGCCCGUCCUCUUCCUCCUCGCGCUCGCGCUCCUGUCCCUCGCCUUCCGCCGCCACUUCUCCCUCCCCCUCGGCGCGCCCCACUUCGCGGCCGGCGGCGGCGGUGCCACCAGCGACGCGCUGCUCCGCCGCCUCGCGGCCACCGACGUUGGCGCGGACCAGAUCCUGGCGGAGGCGGAGGCGCUGCUGGCCAACGCGUCGGUGUCCACCUUCCCCAGCAUCGGCAACCACCACCGGCUCCUCAACGCCACCUCGGCGCCGCGGCAGCGGACCGUGUCCCGGCUCCGCGUCCCGUUCCACGGCGUCCCCAGCGACGACGCGCUACUCGCCGCCUUCCGCGCGUCACUCCGCGGCUUCCUCCUCGCGCGCCAACACCACCGCCACCGACAACAUGACGACGUCGCGGGCGCCAUGGCCGAGCUCCCCGCGCUCCUCUUUGGUCGUGGGCACCGGCGGCGGCGCGCCGCGAAGUGCGCCGUGGUCGGGAACAGCGGCAUCCUGCUCGGCUCCCGCCGGGGCGCGCAGAUCGACGCGCACGACCUCGUCAUCCGCCUCAACAACGCCCGCGUCGCGGGCUUCGCGCCCGACGUCGGCUUCCAGACCGGCGUCUCCUUCGUCAACUCCAACAUCCUCCACCACUGCGCCGUCCGCUCCGCCGUCACCACCCGCGGCUGCGGCUGCCACCCCUAUGGCCGCGAUGUCCUGCUCGCCAUGUACGUGUGCCAGCCCGCGCACCUCCUCGACGCGCUCAUCUGCAACGCCACGGCGACGCCGGAGUCCCCGUUCCCGCUCCUCGUCACCGACGCGCGCCUCGACGCGCUGUGCGCGCGCAUCGCCAAGUACUACUCGAUGCGCUGGUUCGUCGCCGCCACGGGGCAGCCGGCCAGCAACUGGACCCGGAGCCACGACGAGAGGUACUUCCACUACUCGUCGGGCCUGCAGGCGGUGGUCAUGGCGCUCGGGGCGUGCGAGGUGGUCAGCCUGUUCGGGUUCGGGAAGGCGCCUGGGGCCAAGCACCAUUACCACACCAACCAGAAGAAGGAGCUCGACCUGCACGACUACGAGGCUGAGUACCAGUUCUACCGCGACCUCCAGGAACGGCCGGAGGCGGUGCCGUUCCUCGACGAGGCGCCGGGCUUCAAGGUGCCGCCGGUGAAGCUCUACUGGUGA